AUGUUAGAUGUUAUUAUAGAAACUCCACAAAUGGGAAAAAUGGGUCGUCGUCCUAAUGGUUUUAUUAUAUUUCAUUUUGAGUUAUGGAAAGAGUAUAAAAAAGCUUUUCCAAAUGCAAAGCCGCGUAAAUUUUCUGUCUUUGCUGGAGAGCUAUGGAAAAAAUUAUCCGUUGCUGAGAAAAACAAAUAUAUCAUGUUAUCCGAAGAGAAAAAGAGAAAAGAAUGCAACUCGAAAAAUGAUUUACAAAAGAAAAAAUAA